CUGGAUGCUGUCGUCUAGUGACUGCCAGUGCGGCCAUGCGCACGGCGACGAGCACGAUCACGAUGAGAACGAGGAGGAGGACGACCAGCCGGCACUGUCUCUAGCGUAUCAACUAUGGCAACCAUGGCGGCUAAUCGUGAUGAACCCGCUGCCAGUGCUCAUAGCGUCCGUAAUCGCCAACACAAUCUUCGUGACGGUCGGAGGAGUGUUACGUCUAUUGGCACAACUCCUCACGCUUCCUGGACUGCUAGUGAUACUUGUACUUGGGGUCAUUCUGGUUAUCCGUCGAGUUGCCUCGCUAAUGGCAUAUCCCGGUCAAUUGAAGCUUGUGAUCCGAGAGGGUGAAGCCAACUUCGCUCGACUGACCAAACGGCGACUACAGAUCUUCGCUGAGGCAGCUGCAGAGUUGGCUGCUGUACUGGACCCCACAGCCAGCAACAAACCCAUGAGACUUCGUUUCUUACAAGUUCAUCAGAAUUUCACAUUUGCUCUGGAAACAAUUAUGCUGCCGGUCAUGCAGUCACUGGAAAUUGUGGAACGAAGUGAACAUUUAGGAAUUAACGGCGUGAAGUUACUGCGAAUAUUACGAGAGAUCCAUAAGGUGAACUCGCAGAAAUUAGCCGAACCGUGUUCGAAAUUGUGUUCCGCGUCGGAGAAAACGUUCGAGACGCAGAGACUCAAAGCGUUUGGAGGCGAAGACAAGACGGAACCGACUCUAAAAACUACGGAGCAUACGCGAAUGAAGUUGUUCGGAGGGUCCUCAAAGCCAGUGCUGAAAAGAUCACCGACGGUUGAUUCUGCUGCGUUGGAAGCGGAGGCGGCAGCGAAGCCCAAGCCUGUGGAAAUGGCUCAUCCGUUGGUGACAUUUGCAGUUGCUGUACGGCGCUUACAGGCUGCGAUCCCACUGAUCGGACGACCUCAAACUGAUGCCCCAGCGGCCAGGAAUUUGACUUGGAUCGCGAAGGAAAUAUGUCGAGGAUCCAGCACUGAAGUCGACCAUAUCGCGACGCUGGAAAUGCUCCGCGCUGACAUGACCGUGCGCUUUGUACGUAGUUGA